AUGGACGCCGAUUCCCUGAAAGCCGACGACAACAAAGCGGAAAUUAUCCACGAGGAAGACCUCGCCGCUGCUGACCUGCUCGAUGACUCCAUCGAGAGCACGCAACCAGGCAAGGCCAUCUGGUUAAUUGCCUGUACGGUCUCCAUGGGCGGGUUCCUGUUCGGCUAUGACACCGGCGUCAUCUCCGCCGUCCUAGUCAAUCUAGGCUCCGACCUCGGAAAGCCCCUAAGCUCGAACGAGCAGGAAUUAGUUACGGCCAUAACGUCCGGUGGCGCCCUCAUCGGUGCUGUCCUGGCCGGUCUGACUUCCGAUAAGUACGGCCGGAAGCUGGCCGUGUACGUGGGCUGCGCACUGUUCUUCAUCGGCACCAUCAUUCAGGCCGCCGCGUAUUCGCUAGCCCAGAUGACCGUUGGCCGACUGGUCGUGGGCUUUGGCGUGGGCGAGGCCGCCAUGAUCAUCCCCUUGUAUAUCGGAGAAAUGGCACCCGCGCGAUACCGUGGGCGACUGAUCGUCUUUGACAACCUGUGCGUUACCUUCGGGCAGCUCAUCUCCUAUGCUCUCGGGGCGGCCUUCACCGAGGUGCCAAAUGGUUGGCGAUAUAUGAUUGGCAUCGGUGGGGUACCGGCUGUCCUGCUGGCCGCCAUGAUGCCCUUGUGUCCCGAGACGCCGCGGCAGCUGAUCUCGCAUGGCCGCGUGUCGGAGGCAAAGAAGGUGCUGGCGCAGAUUUUCCCGCAAGCCACAGAGCAGCAGGUGACAUCGAAGGCGCAUCUCAUCCAGCAUUCCAUCGAGGAGGUCGCGACCUCCGUGUCGGAUAGGAGUCUGACAUGGCAGGCUAAGCAGCUCUUCACGGUUGGGGUCAACGUGCGGGCUUUGAUCACUGCCUGUUCCAUCAUGGCUGUAUCCCAGCUCGGCGGGUUCAAUACUCUCAUGUACUACUCAGCCACUCUAUUCUCCAUGGUCGGAUUCGACAAGCCGACCUCCGUCUCGAUCGUGGUCGGUGCAACCAACUUUCUGUUCGGAUUUCCCAAUUUCAUUUUCAUUGACCGAUUCGGCCGACGACGUAUGCUCUUCGUCACUGUUUUGGGAAUGUCCCUCUCGCUUGUCGUCGCGGCCAUCGCCUUCCACUGGAUCCCCGUCACUCACGAUCUCACGGUGGCAGAAACGCGCGAGAUGGGCUGGGCCAACAUCGUACUCCUGGUCGCUCUGAUUGUCUACAUUGCCUUCUACGCGGCCGGCGUAGCACCCAUCGCCUGGGUGGGUACUGAGUUCCUGCCGCUGGAGGUGCGCGCGCUGGGCACGAUGAUGAACACGGUGACGUGCUGGGGCUGCAACAUCAUCAUCUCGUCGACUUUCCUGUCCAUGAUGAAGGCGAUGACGCCCAGCGGGGCGUUCGGGUUCUAUGCGGGCAUCUGCUUUCUGGGAUGGCUCUUCGUUAUCUUCUGUUAUGCUGAGGUGCACAACAUGCCACUCGAGAGUGUCAGGGAGGUGUAUGAGCAUGGCUUCGGAGUUAAGCAUGCGAAGAAGUUGCAGCGGGAGAUGAAGGAGGCAAGAAGGAGAGAGGCCGGGGGUGUGAAUGAAUCAACCGACUAG